AUGAAUUCAAAAAUUAAAGGUAUAACGGAUGAUAUAACAUCAAUUCCACCAGAAGAACAAAGAUAUUACGCAUUAAAUGCAUUUCCUAAAGUUUUGAAGAUUGGAAGAUUUAAUUUAAAUGAGGAAUUCAUAAAAGGUUUCCUAAAUGACAUAAUGAAGAAAGCAGAUAAGGAAUAUGUGGCUAGUGAGUUAAUGAAGAAGGCAAAUUUGGUUUAUGUUGAUGAAAAAGAUAAUGAAAUUAAAGAAAGGGUUGAAUGGUAUCAUGAAUGGACAUUGGAGACUUUUAAAGUUAAAGCUGAUACAGGAUGGGUUUCAGGAUGUUUAGACCUUAAAGCAGAUAAAACUUAUGUUAACAAUGAGUUAGAGAAGAAAGCAGAUAAGGAAAAAGUUAUUUCAUUCAUUAAUACUGAGUUAGCAAAGAAAGCUGAUAUAUCAUUUGUUAAUGAAGAAAUAAAACAAUCAGAGGUCUAUUUUACUCCACCAUUUUUAAAUUUUAUGAAAUCAUCAGAUAAAACCUUUGAUAUAGAUUCUUUUGAAUGGAUAUGUUUCGAUGGAGUGACCAUGUAUUUAUUUUAUACAGGUGGAGUGCUUUAUUAUUUUAAAACAAAUGAUUUUAAAAACUAUGAAUCAUUUACUCCAUCUGUUUGGAAUCCUGAUACACGAAAGCCAAUCAUUAAUCCAAGAAUUUUAUAUGUUGAAUAUAAUAACGGUAAAUUUAUGGGAAUGAUAACAGUUGGAGAUGAUUUUUGCCCUUGUUAUUCAUUCGAUUGUAUCCAAUGGUUCAAAUGUAAUUUAAAUCAAGAUGCUAAAUUUAAAUAUCCAAAUAAUCCUAUUAGAUGUGUUAAUAAUAAAUGGGUACUAAUUUAUGAAGUCAAUCAAAUUUUCAUUAGUGAGGAUGGGAUAAAUUAUUAUAUGUUUAGUAUGAUGUCAUCAGAUUUGAAAAUUGAUUAUACAAGUAAGUGGUAUUACAUUAAC